AUGGCGCUACACGGACCUCUCGUCCGUCGUUGGGAUGCGCCUUUUGGGCUGCAACCAAGAAGCCAUGACCUGGUGCCUUUCGCAACGCCAAGCAGUCGAGACAUCUACUAUCCAGGCGGCAUCCGCAAUCAUCACUGCCUACCGUAUGGCCAUUUUGGUCACGUUGGACAAUAUCUGAACCAUCCAGGGCGAAAUCCAUACCGUGCACCAGAUCCGACAGGAGUCAGAGGCUUUACUUCGCUCACGGACAAGACUAUCGAGACCACUGGAGACCUUGGAUGGACGCUUGACUAUGCAACAGCAUGGCUCUAUAAGUACCUCAACAACAGUAGACCGGACAUCGCCGACGCAAUCGACCAUAUUCGUGAGUCCUUCGACAGCGUGCGGUAUAAUGAAGCAUUUCUCAUCUUCGACAUGCUGGAUGCGGCAAUAUUUGGUGGCAAGCUGAAAGGGAUGGUGUUUCUAACAUGGUCGCCGCAAGCGAGUUGUUCGCCAGGCAGGACAUCUGCGCCAAAUGUGGUCCCAACAAUCCCGCGCAUCUGCAUCCAACUCAACCAGCUGCUCUUUGACGACGGCGUAGCUGACGUCGAUGAACUUCUCGAAGUCAUGAUUCACCAAAUGAUCCACGCCUACUUUCUCGUCAGCUGCGGUGCACAACAGCGAGGCGACAAGGCCGACGGGCGCCUCGAAGACGGAAAGCAUUUCGCAGUCAUCUUAAUGGCGAUCAGGGGAAUCAGCAAGGAGUGCGAGGAAGGCGAGUUGGAGCUCAUUUUUCAUGCCUCGAAAAGGCGUCAGCGAGAUAUGGGCGUACCUCCUGGACGAGCGGCAAUGACCACCGCUCUGGCUGCGAGGAGAGGGCUUGACCCGCACCUUGCCAUCAAUCCCGGUGGACAGCACGUGGGCUUCGGACUCGUCGAUAAUCAGACAAACUGUCUCCGAGACAACAGACACGUAACUCCGGCUGAUGUACAAAAUUGGCAGAUGAUUGACUUCGGCAGGUCGCUCGAGCUCGACAUGGAAGCAAAGGGAGACAAGAUCUGGGACUUCGCUGAGGAUGGAAAGCUUGUGGAGAUGGAAAGAAACAAAUGUCCUCCUUCUGCAACGUACAUUGAGAUGCUGUGGGACGACAGAGGCCUGGUAAAACGCGUCAUGGCGAAGCGCGAGAACGCUCUGACGUUCAAAAGCUUGGAGAAGCCGCUGUUGAAGCACGAGCGUUUUGAGUUGAAGGUACCAAAAGACACGACUUUCGAAAUACUCAAGUGCAUUUGGGACUACAUCAGCAAGAAUGGCUACUGCGCUACACCUCUCGAGAAGUACUUGCACGGGCCCGUGAAAGGAGGCGACGGUCCGCCAGUAUUGUAUCGCGAGCACACACCAGGGCUGCCAGCGCCUCCAGACACCAGCAUCGUGACUCACAUCAGAGUGUUCAAAGCCGCUCAGAGCAUGAAAUUCGUCGAGCUCCAGCGGUAUGCCCUGGGACACAUGUGGCAGGUGCCGUGGACCCACGAAGAUCCCAUGCUUCUGCUUUGCGAGCUUUACAACGUUGAGGAUGAGCCCGAGCCAGGUCCAAUAAGUGCAGAGCUACAUAAAUGGGCUCGCAUGUUCCUUGCUAAGAGAGCACAACACGGUCCUACCCAUCAUCGCACCUACUUGAACCACGACCAUGACAUCUACCAUCACCACCCGCCCGCGCCACGCUACACAGGACAGCCCAACAUGACGAAAAUCCGGUCGUGGCAUGGGCCCGAGUUUCGGGAUCUAUAUUAUCAAAGCCAAGCAUUCCGAGACGAUCUUCAACAGGCGCAACUCAUGGUCGUCACUGGCACCGGCAAUAUCCUCGCCAGGAGAGCAGCGGGCGGAGGGGCAAGCGCAAGACACCACCUCACUCGUGAAGCUGUCGUGGCACCUCUGGCUAUCGCGAACGGUCCGGGUCUGCGUGGAUUUCUCGACGACGACAUUGAAGCCGAACCCAUCUUGCCUCUCCCGGACAUAGCUGGCUUGGAUCUGAAUGGCGGCGCUAUGGGUAGAGGAGGCUUCGGAGUACCACGAGGAGGUCUGGAUGCUAGCAUUAUCAAUUCUCUCGGCGGCAUUGGUGCAGGUAACGGAGUCCCACUCGGCGCAAUUCCUCGUGGACCUGGGCUGAAUGCGUACAUGCCCAUAUGAGCAAAAAGGUUCUUCUUACAAUCUUGAGCCCUUCAUACUUUCGCGGAAUUUUGAGCGUUCGCAUGUCUAUGUAGAGUACAUAGCUGUAGAUGUAGAGAAGAAUUACUUGCAUUC